GGAGGACCCUGGUGGGGGGCCUUGCCUGGGGUGUAGGCUGAAGCCACCAUCUGGUGGUGGGGACAAGUGGAGUUGGGUUUAUGCUGGCUUUGAGGGAACAGUCUAGGGGCAAGGACCAUCUUGGAAGGGGCUGGUGUGGGGAUGGUAGAGGUGGAGAGGAAGGAGGUGGAUGAGUGGACCACAGGGUGAGGGAGAGGAUGGAGGGACAGGACGACAGUGCUGAUUUCUGACCCAGACAGCUGAGUGCAUGGUGACAGAGGAAGAGGCUGGAGCGGGGUGGGGUGGGAGAGGUCAGGUGUGAAGAUGGUCAGCUGAGUGUCAGGGCUGUAGAGUUUGAGUGGCAGUGAGUGGUCCAGAUGAAGAGGCCCAGCCGGCACUGGGCCCCAGGAUGCCAUGUGGGAAGCAUGCUUGAGGGAUACUUGAGGUGGGAUGGUGAUGAGGCCGCUCCCACAGUUCUGGCAGCCAGGGGCCUGGGGUGCCGCUGUCAGCAGGAUCUUAAUCCCAGGCCUUCAUCCCGGGCUGUCCUGGUUGCAGUGAGCAGGUGUCUCUGGUCUCUUGUUGGUGCCAGAGUGGAAUGACCGGAAGCCCAGGUGUCUUGGUCAUCUUGACAACAAUGUCCAGGCUGCCACGGCUUGUUCAGUCCUCCCCUCACUAUCUCUCAUGCCCUGGGACACCGGUGGGCCAGAGGUGGAGCCCAUGGGGUCGCAUGCUUGCUCGCGUCCAUGGUGACCCAUGUUCCUAGGAGUGGGUGUCUGCUUGGUUUUCAGACCCGGGGUGCACUGAGGCCCAGGCGAGCGGUCGGGAUGCUGCUCAUCUGUCAUCAGUGCCCCGCAUCUCUGAGGCCUUUCAUGAGUUCAGUCAUUUGGUCUCCUCGAGGUAGGGGCUCCAGAAGGCUCCGUGGCUCUAGACACCCCUGGCUGGUGCUCAGGGGAUUCCGGCUGCUGGGCAUCAUGAGAAAUGUGCUUUCUUCACAGCCGGGGGGCCACCCAACUUUGACAUAGCUCGGCAUGGUUUAUGCUGAGCCGUAGUGUUCUCAAGGGCCCGUGAGUGGCGAGCUGGCAACAGCAUUUCCCUGGUCAUCACCUGGGUUCCUGUCGGGGACUCUGGAAGUCUGUGCCUUUUCUGGCUCUGGUGCUACGAGGGCAAGUCCAGCAGACUGUGGGUGGGGGCACCCCCGACUCCUUGCGCUGUCCUGGCAUCCCAGUCUCCCCGCACACAGGGCCUCCAGGCACUCAUGGCACCCUCUGGGCUGUGGUGCGCGUGGCCUCGGGCUCAUCGUGGUUGGCCCGGCGCCUCGGUUAGCCUGCACCGUGUCCUGUGGCAGCGGUAAGAGGGGGACGGCUCCUGGUGGACAUUACUAAAUGCCGCUGGGUGCAUGCUGACUUAUCCAGGGGAGCGAGGAGGGAGCCGGCCCUCUACUCGCCUACCAUGCGUCCGAUGCUGGGAGGGAAGGCCCACUCAUCCCGCCACAUGACUUGGCUUUGGAGCAGAGCCCGUGGGAGACAGCCCUGGUUGAGUCCUACCCUUCGCUAACUAGCAGCUCACCAGCAGUGUAUCCCUCAGACCCCCUCGGCUGUGCGGAUGAGAGGAGGUAGAAGUUGAUGCCAUUCCUUUCUAACACGGACAGCGUUAUGCUCUCCAGGAGGACGGUGGAAGCAGCUGCUGAUGCCGCCCGCACACCGAGGCUUCCCCCUCUGCUUCCUGUCUGCCUGGGGUUCCCAGGGGUCUCUGCAGCUGCCCUGAGGAGGCUGGUGAACUCAGGGUGAGAAGCCUGGCUGAGAAGCCACCCGUGUCCACACUGCGCCGGUGAGGGGGAGCCCGGCCCACCACCAUGACCAGGUCCUACGUGCAGAAGUUGUCCACCAUCCUGCUGGACGCCAUCACCGACAAGGACCCUCUGGUGCAGGAGCAGGUGUGCAGUGCGCUGUGUGCCCUCGGAGAGUCGCAGCCGGAGGAGGCGCUCCGCGCUUGUGAGGAGUACCUGCGGCUGCACGAGAAGCUGGCGCAUCCGUACCGGACGAUGAUCCUGAGGGCCAUGGAGACGGUCGUGAGCAACCACAUCAGUGAGCUGGACAAGGACAUGGCCAGGGCCGUCAUCCUCUUGGCCUCCAGCGAGAUGACCAAGGCAAAGGACUUGGUCUGGGACUGGCAGCAAGCUGCCAGCAACGUCCUGGUGGCGGUGGGGAAGCAGUUCAUCAGCACGGUGAUGGAGGAGAUGCUGAGCAAGCUGCAGCCCGGGGCCCUGCCACACUACUUUGUGGUGCGGACACUGGCCAACCUCUCGGUUUCCAAUGCAUUCGGCAUGGUGCCCUUCCUGACGUCCAUCCUGAACACCAUGCUACCCAUGCUGGGGACAGCCAAGCACGACACGACGAGGGAGGUGCUCUGCUAUGCCCUGCAGCACUUCAGCGAGGGCACGCUCGAGUACCUGGCCAACCUGGACCAGGCCCCAGACCCCACAGUCAGGAAGGACGCCUUUGCCUCCCCCAUGUCCAGUGCCUACGAUAUCCUCUUUCAGCAGUGGCUGCAGAGCCGCGAAGCCAAGCUCCGGCUAGCUGUGGUGCAGGCCCUGGGGCCCAUGAGCAACCUGAUGCCCAGUGAGAAGCUGGAGGAGCAGCUGCCCAAGCUGCUGCCUGGGGUCCUCACGCUCUACAAGAGGCACGCUGAGACCUGCCACGUGUCCAAGAGCCUGGGCCAGAUCCUCGAAGCCGCCGUGAGUGUGGGCAGCCGCACGCUGGACGUCCAGCUCGACUCACUCCUGGCCGCUCUGCAUGCCCAGAUCUGCGUGCCCGUGGAGUCGACGAGCCCCCUGGUGAUGAGCAACCAGAAGGAGGUGCUGCGCUGUUUCACCGUGCUGGCACGCUACUCACCUGACCGCCUGCUGGCCUUCCUGCUGCCCCGGCUGGACAGCAGCACGGAGAGGAGCCGCAUGGGCACCCUGCACGUCCUGAGGCACGCCAUCAACUCCGCCGCUGCUCAGAUGGAGGUUAAGAAGCCCUUCAUCCUCUCCGCCAUGAGGCUUCCCCUUCUGGACACCAACAGCAAGGUGAAGCGGGCAGUGGUGCAGGUGAUCAGCGCCAUGGCGCACCAUGGCUACCUGGAGCAGCCUGGAGGCGAGGCGCUGGUCGAGUACCUCGUGCAGCAGUGCGCGCUGCCCCCCGAGCAGCCUCAGACGGCGGGCCCCAGCAGCGAGGAGCUCCCGGCCGACAGCGUGCGCGCCGUCAGCGUUAGGACCCUCUACCUGGUCAGCACCACGGUGGACAGGAUGAGCGACGUCCUCUGGCCGUACCUGCUCGAGUUCGUCACCCCUGUGCGCUUCACUGGGGCGCUGACCCCGCUCUGCCGGAGCCUCAUGCACCUGGCCCAGAAGAGGCAGGAGGCCGCGCCCGGCGCCCUCCUCAUCCAGUACGAUGGCAACGUGACCCUGCCGUCUCCCUACGCCAUAGCCACACGGCUCCUGACCGUGUCCUCCAGUCCCUACCAUGGGGACGGCCGCGGGGCGGCCUCACUGGGCCUCCUGAACGUCCUGCACCGGGACAUCCACCCUUCGUUGGGUCAGCGGUGGGCGACAACCAUCCCCUUGCUGCUGGAGUACCUGGACGAACACUCUGCGGACACCCUGUCACAGAAGGAAUGGGAGGAAAAGCUGCUGGUGUUUCUUCGGGACACUCUGGCCGCCGUGUCUGACAACACGUGGGUUUGUCAGCUGAGCCUGGAGAUGUGCAAGCAGCUACCCUGCUACAAUGGGACACCUCAGGAGAAGAACUUCCUGUACAGAUGUGUGGGGACCACCCUGGGUGCUGCCUCCAGUAAGGACGUGGUGAAGAAGCAUCUGCGGGAGCUGCUGGAGACGGCCCGGUACCAGGAGGAGGCCGAGCACGAGGGUCUCGCCUGCUGCUUUGGGAUCUGUGCCAUCUCCCACCUAGACGACACCCUCACUCAGCUGGAGGACUUUGUGAGGUCAGAUGUGUUCAGAAAAUCCACCGGCAUUUUCAACAUUUUUAAGGACCGGAGCGAGGUGGAGGCAGAGAAGGCAAAGGGCGCGCUGAUGCUGUGUUACGGGCACGUGGCGGCGCGGGCGCCCCGGGAGCUGGUGCUGGCCAGGGCCGAGUCAGACAUCCUGCGGAACAUGUUCCAGUGCUUCAGCACCAAGGUUCUGGGAGUGAAGGUAGAGACCAAGGACCCGGCCCUGAAGCUGUGCCUCGUGCAGAGCGUGUGCAUGGUCUGCCAGGCCAUCCGAAGCAGCGCGCAGGCCAGCUGCUUCCACUUCGCACAGAAAGCAGAGCUGGUGGCGCAGAUGAUGGAGUUCAUCAGAGCAGAGCCCUCAGACUGCUUGCGGUCGCCCAUUCGGAAGAAGGCCAUGCUCGCCUGCACUUACCUGGUCCCCCUGGAGCCAGCACUGGAGGAGCAGGUGCGGGCGGACAUGGUCCACGGCUGUCUGCAGAGCGUCAUGGCUGUGCUGCCCGAGCCUGAGGGGGAUGAUGACCACCAGGAGCCCCUGUACCUGGACACCAUGCAGGCCUUAGAGGAUUUGCUGACAAGCCUCCUUCAGCGGGACAUGACCCCCCAGGGCCUGCAGGUCAUGGUGGAGCACCUGAGCCCGUGGAUCAAGUCCCCCCGGGGUCAUGAGCGGGUGCGGGCGCUCGCCCUGAGCUCCUGCCUGCUGCAGCACUUUCUGGAGCACCUGCACGUCAGCGCCCUGGUGCCCUUCCACAACCUGGGCCUCCUCAUCGGCCUCUUCUCCCCACGGUGUGCGGACCUGUGGCCUGCCACCCGCCAGGAGGCCGUGAGCUGCGUCCACUCCCUGCUCUACCUCCAGCUGGGCUACGAGGGCUUCGCCCGUGACUACCGGGACGACGCAGUCGAGCGGCUCCUCGCCCUCAAAGGGGGCCUCGUGCACUCCGACCCCGCCACCCUCUUCCACACCUGCCACAGCAUAGCCCAGAUCAUUGCGAAGCGCCUCCCGCCAAAUCAGCUCAUCAGCCUCUUGCUCACCUUGUUCGAGGGCCUGGGAGACAGCGACAAGAACUGCUCUCGCGCGGCCAGCGUCAUGAUCAACUGCCUGCUGAAGGAGCGGGGCCACCUGCUCCAGGAGAAGGUCCCUGAGAUCGUGAGUGUGCUGCGCUCCAAGCUGCAGGAGACGUGGGAGGAGCACGUCCGGCAGGCCACACAGUACAGCGUGUCCCUCCUGGCAUCCCAGCACUGCGAGGCCGUGGUGUCCAGCCUCCUGGGCAGCCCCCUGCCCUUUGACAGCCAGACCUGCGUCCUCUGGCGGGCACUGGCGGUGGAGCCCAGCAUCACUGCGCAAGUCCUGGAGCUGCUUCUGCAGAAGAUGAGCAGAGACGUCCCAUUCAAGGAGAGCCGGGCCUUCGUUAGAAACAGCCUCAGAGGCGGAGGCGAGCCGAUGUGCCCCUGUUCUCAGGCCACCUGUGCGCUGUCUGAGGUCACGUCCGUCGCGGCAUCUGCGCCCGCGGUGCUCGAGCUCUACCCCCAGCUGUUUGCAGCACUGCUGCUGCGCGUCAGCUGCACCCUUGGCGUCCAGCUGCCCCGGACCCUGCAGGCCAAGGAGCGGAGGGCCACCGGCUUGGCCCUAGCCUCCAGGAACCUCGACCCCUGCAGCUCUGCGGUGGACACUCUGCAGGUCAUGCUGCUCCGAGGUGGCAGCGAGGAUGUGGUGCAGUGUGUGGAGCUGGGAGGAGGCUGGGAGUCGCUCAGGACCUCCACCGGGCACGAGGAAGGGGUUGCCCGGCUGGCCAGUGCCAUGGCGAAGUUUGCAGGCCCCCGGCUGCCCCUGGUGAUGAAGGCACUCCUGUGCACACACAGCAGCGUGUAUGAGGUCCAGAGGGUCACCUCCACAGCCUUCCUGGCUGAGCUGCUGAACAGCAAUGUGGUGAAGGACUUGAUGCUUCUGGAGUCGCUGCUGGACAACCUAACAGCCCGGCAGAAGGACACGUGCGCCAGCGUGCGGCGGCUGGUGCUCCGUGGCCUGGCUAACAUUGCCUCUGGCUCCCCUGAUAAGGUGCGGGCCCACGGCCCCCAGCUCCUGACCUCCAUGAUCAGUGGGCUGGAUGACGGGGAUGACCCACAGAGCCUGGUGGCCCUGGAGGCCAUGCUGGGCCUUGCGAAGCUGCUGGGCCUAGUGGAGCCUUGGGACCUACGCUCAGUGCUGCUGCAUGUCGCUGUCCGCAUCCGGCCCUUCUUCGACAGCGAAAAGAUGGACUUCCGUUCUGCGUCCAUCUGCCUCUUUGGGCACCUCAACAAGGCCUGCCACGGGAACUGCGAGGACAUCUUCCUGGAACAAGUCAUUGGGGGACUGGUGCCCCUACUACUGCACCUGCAGGAUCCCCAGGCUUCUGUGGCUGGUGCCUGCAAGUUUGCCCUGCGCAUGUGCGGCCCCAACCUGGAGCGUGAGGACCUGGCCGAGGCCUUCCAGAAGCACCUGCAGGAGGGCCGGGGCCUCCACUUCGGGGAGUUCCUCAACACAACGUGCAAGCACCUGAUGCGCCACUUUCCUGACCUGCUGGGCCGCCUGGUGAGCACCAGCCUGUUCUACUUCAAGAGCAGCUGGGAGGACGUACGCGCCGCCGCCCCCAUGCUCACGGGGUUCCUGGUGCUACACGUGGAGCCCGAGCACCGGCAGCAAGUGGACCUGGAGCAGCUCCUUGCUGCGCUCCAGCUCCUGCUCAAGGACCCGGCCCCUGCUGUGCGCAUGAAAGCCGCCGAGACCCUGGGCCGCCUGGUCAAGUUUGCCUGAGGCUCCAGCAGCCGAGCCUCUUCAAUGAGCAGUACCAGCCCUGCUGCAGCUUGAACUGCGAUGCACCCCGGGGCCGAGGGGAGCCCCAUGCUGCAGGGGACCAGGGCCUGGCAGGGUGGGGCAAGCCUGUUCUCCCCACCUCACUUAUAAUAAAGCCCUUUGCUUCUUGGCAGGUGA